AUUGGGUAUCUCGCUACACCCCCAUCCGCGGUUACUUUGUAACAGUGCACUUGAUUGAAAUUUCUUAGAGGCACAUGAUUGGAAAAAGGCUGUUGUAAUUCGCAUGCGCACUGUACUAUAAUCAAGUACCAGACGGAGGACAGGUCGCGAGCAAGAGGUGAAUCUUCGGCAUGUAUUUUCGAAGUCCGGGCAUCGGCUAAACGAUGCAUUGAAUUGCGAGGGCAGCAACAAGCCAGGUACACAGAGCCUCAUUUUUCCCAUAACCCCACCCCAGUAUGGAGAACCUAGAGGAGGACCUGACAUGUUCGGUGUGCUAUUCCCUCUUCACUGAUCCUCGGGUCCUGCCCUGCUCCCACACCUUCUGUAAGUCCUGCCUGGACAACGUACUCCAAGUCUCUGCCAUCUACUCCAUCUGGCGUCCGCUGCGGCUCCCACUCAAGUGCCCCAACUGCCGCAGUGUGGUAGAGCUCCCGCCAACGGGUGUUGACGCAUUGCCCAUAAAUGUCUCCCUCCGCGCCAUCAUUGAGAAGUUCCAGAAGGACAGCCAACCACGGCCCCCCUCCUGCCUUGAGCACCACCGACAGCCCCUCAACGUCUACUGUGUCCAGGACCGCCAGCUCAUCUGUGGCUUCUGCCUAACAGUGGGCCAGCACCAGGGCCACCCCAUCGAUGACCUGCAGGCAGCCUUCAUCAGGGAAAGGCAGGCGCCCGCUCACCUGCUGGGGAGGCUCUCAGACCACCGCUGGGCAGAGGUGUGUGAGCUGGGGGAGCUGCUGGAGCAGGAGAAGGCCAGCUGUGAGGGCCUAGUGAGGCAGGACCGGCAGGCUGUGGAACAGUACUUCCAGGGGCUGGAGCUGGUGCUUGCCAGGAAGAAAGAGGCUUUCAUGGGGGCCCUGGACACCGCAAGCGUGGAGAUGUCGCUGACCUACGAUCCACUCAUCCAGAGGCUGAAGGAGCUGCAGGAGGAGCAGCUGGACUUGUUGUCUCUGGGCUCGGCCGUGGAGGACGAAGACUCGCCGCUGGUCUUCCUGGAGAAGGUGUACAUGUUCCGGGAGAGGGUGGAGGCGCUGGUAAAUGCCCCCCUGCCCAAAGUCACAUCCCUCUCCAUCACACCCCGUGCUGCUGAGUACCUGGAACAGCACUGGGCGGGGGUGACCAUCGGAGGGCUGGAUGAAGGGCCGGUGCCUCAGGUCUUCUGCUGUGCCAAGCCCACCAUUCUGGAGACGGUUCUUAGGACAGAAGCAGGGAGUCACCCUGGAGGCUGGGUCCAGGAUCUGUGGCUGCAGCUCCAGCCCACUCCCCCUGUGGUGCUCCUGGGGCUGCUGCUGCUCCUGGUGGCAGUGUGGGUGAAUCCUGUUGGGGGAGCAUCUCUGGGCUUCUCCCUGCUGUCCCAGCUCAGUCAGAUGGUGCACGGCCUGAGCAGCGAACUGACCACCUCACUAUGGGAGACAGCAAGCUUCCUGUAUGCACAGACAGGUGAGGUGGUGUGUAGGUACAGCUCUGCCCUCUCCACACUGGGGGAGAACACCUACCAGCAGAUGGCAUCCCUCUACAAGACCUUCAGCUACUGACAAAAAGACAUGGGUCUUCACUUCAGGAAGGACCCCAGCUCCUCAUGACAGCACCACCUGGUGAUGUAAGGUCUUAAUGUCACCCGUUACACUUUGGUUUUGGUUGGGAAUUCAUGCUAACUGUGCCUAUUGAUUGGAAAAUUCCUGAUGCAGCAGGAUACAGUUGACAGAAAACACAGGCGUUACUUCUGGGACUAACCCGGACCCCAGAUAAAGCUUAUCACAGGAAUAUACUGCCUCAUGUACCAGAAAGUGAAAAACCAUGAAAUGCAUUCAGCAGAUUGGAAGCAGUUGUUUACAUUUUAGUCAUUUAGCAGAUGCUCUUAUCCAGAGCUACUUACAGUAGCGAGUGCAUACAUUUUCAUUCGUACUGGUCCCCCAUGGGAAUCGAAUCCACAACCCUGGCGUUGCAAGUGCAAUGCUCUACCAACUGAGCCGGACGGGUAUAUAUAAUUAUUAGCCUUAAAAAUACUUGACAUUUUGCAAGCCAAUAUGCCUUAACCUUAUGCACAGCUUUUUCAAAGACAUUCUAGAGCUCUACAUGCUGUGUACUGUAAGAAAUACUAUACGACUGUUACAUUUUACUCCAGCUAUUUAACCUUCACCAGAAAAGCCUUCUGUUAAAUCAAGUACUGAUUUUCUAUAAGUCAACUACAAUGUGUGUACUUCAAAAUGUCUCUUCAAAUAAAUAAUCUUGUGAUA